AUGACAACAACCCAGAUCCACUGGGCCAACGACGAGCCUUACCUCACCGUUCCCUCACAUCCGCACAUAACCAUCACGCCGUACAAGGACAACCCCGCAGACCUCGCGGCCCUCGUCCGCAUAGCAAACGACCCGCGCGUAGGCAAGUGGUCCUUCGGCCGUCCGUACCCCUUUUCCCUCGCCGAUGCGAGGAAGCGCGUAGACGACAACGUCACUCAGGCCGAGGCCGUGGCAGAGCUCCGUGCUGGGAGGAAGGUGGGCGUCAAUCCCUUCACGGUGGUGCGGUGGGACGGGGCUUAUGUCGGCGACUUGGUCUUGUUUAAGAAGGAGGAGUGGGAAGUCGCGUACGCCCUCGACCCCGAGGUCCACGGACGUGGUGUCGGGACUGCAGUGAUUCGGACCGUAUUGGAAUGGGCUGUUGCCGAGUUGGGUGUGCGGAGCGUUGAAGCGACUGCCAACCCUGCAAGCACACGGAUGCUGGAGAAACUCGACUUUGAGCGCGUCGAGGUCAAGAUGCUCGCGUGGCCGGAACAUAAUGGGGGCGGUGAGCGCGAGGUGGCUGUGUACCGAAAACAACUUGCUGCACCGCAGUGA